GCUGAUCUGUCUCUUUCACCACUCAGUUAACAUUAUAUCAGGUGGACAGUGCUACAGUAAUCAUAAACAAGAUAAAAUUGUACAUCCCACGCACAUUCGGUGCAGUCAUUGGCAAACUCUGGUGCCUGCAAAACAAUGUCAGGUAAAAUAGUGGCAUUUAGAUUAUGUGCAGUUCUUAAUAUGUAUCCACCCAGGAGUAUGCUUAGUGCUACUUCAGGGAAUGUUGUCAAAAGCAAACACAGGAGGACACUGGACUGACAUAAAUAACCCAUAAUGCAUUGUAAACGUGAAGCACAAAGUUGGAUACAUGACAGAGGCAGCUGGGAUUAAACAUCAGAAACUAUCUGUUAGCGUUUUCCAUUUUAUGUUUCUUUAAAAAUAUAUUUUUUAUUGUUACUCUGUUCAUUUAAUGGGGUUGAGUUUACACUUUAAUGUGUCUCCUAUCAGCAGAGAGGCUCAGAGGAAGUGAUGUAAACCCACAAAAUAGUGCUCAUGAAAAAAACUAUACUACUGUUUACUGUUCACACCAAAGCCUGUUGAACAAUAGUACAGCUUGUCUGCUGAGUGUGGGAAAUGUUAUGCUGAAAUAGACUGAAGUGAUUCUAUCUGCCACAGAUACACAGCAGUUAUCUUCCAAGUAACAUGAUGUCAUCGAAAUACAUGAUCUCAAAAAUGUGACUAUCCAUGAUGUACAAAAAUGAAGCCAACAUUUCCCACUUAUGAGGGCUGCCAUCUUGUACUUCAGGAGUCAGUCUGUGCAGUAGUGACUCUUAGUGGAGGAGUUGUUGAUCUCCUGUCUACAGCCCCACAGGAUGUAAACAGGAGCAUAUCCCAUGCACUUUUUAUGUAGCCAGGGUUGUUCAGUUUUAACAUCCCUGCUGGUGGUUUUACUGCUCCUCCUCACGACUCAGGAAAUUUAGUUAAAUAGAGCCACGCUGGUUUAAUUAAAAGGCACACAUCUUACCAUACUAUAGUUGUAUACAACAUCUAACAACAUCCUCCUUCAUCCUUGCUAACGUGUUAGCUGGAUUUGCAGUUAGCACACACACUUGUUGUUAUGCACCAGUGUUGCUCUCAUAGUCGAGAUGUUUGACUAAUUAGUCAGUGUAGCUUUGUUACCCUGAUUUUAGACAAGAGAAAUGACAGCUGCAUACACACCUCAGAGACAGCGUUACUGUAAUUAUGUAAAAAUUAAAUGUUGCCUUUUGAGAUUUUAACAUAAAGAGAACUGGAGACUCCCCGAGCACUCUGAAACCCGGAAACAUGGAAACUUUCAAUUGGAUCUUACAUUUAAAAACACAUCAGCAGAAUGUUUCCUCGAAGUAUAAUUUUUUUCUUUUCAUUUAACAACAUGUACCAGAGUAGUAGUAGUUCGUUUAUUUUUAAAUCAACAGCUGCAUUUACUCAGGCAAAAACAAGUGAGGGAGACUGCCAGAGCCAAGCUGGGUCUGGAUUCUUGGGUCCAGUGGUUUGUAGAAACUUCCUCCUAUUCUUUCAACACAGCUGUCCUGUGCCAGAUUUUCGUUUGACCCACAGGCAGACAUCAUGUUAGAAACAUCAGGACUGAGGUUCAUCACAGGGAUCAGGCUUCAUCAUCAGCUCCUUCAAAGGGAAAUCUUCAGAUCUCCACCGUAGGCCUAAAAGAUGCAAGGCGUCAUAAAGGUAGACAGUGAUUCGGAGCAGAAGUUUAUGGAGGGUACGUUGGGAGAGGUGCCCAGCCCGGCACCAACAGAGCCACAGACACCCAUGGAUGCUGACAAAGCAUCCAUAUAUCGGCAUCCUCUGUUCCCUCUGUUGGCCCUGCUGUUUGAGAAGUGUGAGCAGUCCACGCUGAGCUCUGAAUGCAUCACCUCAGCAAGCUUUGAUGUGGACAUCGAGAAUUUUGUCCGUAAUCAAGAGAAGGAGGGGAAACCUUUCUUCAGUGAAGACCCUGAACUUGACAACUUGAUGGUGAAAGCCAUCCAGGUGCUGCGGAUCCAUCUGCUGGAGCUGGAGAAGGUGAGCGACCUGUGCAAGGACUUUUGCAGUCGCUACAUCGCCUGCCUCAAGACUAAGAUGAACAGUGAGACUCUGCUGAGUGGUGACCCAGGAAGCCCAUACUCGCCUGUACAAGGCCAGGCCCAGAGCUUCUCACCCACCAAGUCUCAGACCCCCAGCUCCAUAUCAGGGACCAUUAGUCCCCAGGGUCAAAUUGUAGUUCCAGCAUCGGCCCUGCAGCAAGGAAACGUUACCGUGACAGCUGUCAACCCCACCCAGGUGGUCGCAGGUAUGUCAUCUUGGCGUACGACCCCUUCCUCAGGCGGGACUGUGUACCAGCCAGUCACAGUUGUAACUCCUCAGGGCCAGGUGGUAACACAGGCUCUGUCUCCCGGGACAAUACGCGUCCAGAACAAUCAGCUUCAGCUGCAGUUUCACCAGGAGUUGAACCUCUUUGGUCAUGAGGACAACUCAACCAAGAACAAGCGCGGUGUUCUUCCAAAACAUGCCACGAAUGUCAUGCGCUCAUGGCUCUUCCAGCACAUCGGGCAUCCGUAUCCCACAGAGGAUGAAAAGAAGCAGAUUGCUACUCAAACAAACCUGACACUUCUGCAGGUCAACAACUGGUUUAUAAAUGCACGGAGACGGAUCCUGCAGCCCAUGUUGGAUGCCAGCUCUUCAGAGACGCCCAAAGCCAAGAAAAAGACGCCUCAAAACCGGCCACUGCAGCGCUUCUGGCCUGAUUCCAUCGCAGCAGGAGGGACCCAGCAGCAAGUUGCCAUGCCUGAUGGUACAAUGGUGACGAUGAACGUGGAGGGUCUGCAGAGCCUGACAUCAGACGGUGCCACGCUGGCAGUACAGCAGGUGAUGCUGGGAGGCCACAGUGAAGACGAGUCAGGGGACAGCGGAGAUGAGGACAAUGACGCGGACAUGGCGGGGCUGGGCCUGGACAAUAGCAACUCAUUGCAGUAGAGGACAAGCCCCCCCCCCACAUGCAGAGGACACACAAAAUGAGUUCGACAGAACAGAGGUGCGUCCGUUUGAUUUCCACAGAGCACAGGACACACUGGGAUGGACCCUGCACUCUUCCAAGCCUCCACCCUGCUGAACGGCGGUUGUUGCUGCACGUGUAUGUCAGGAGUGUCAUUUCGCAAACAGUUUUUUAUUAUAUAAAUGAUGUAGGUGAGUGCACUUUUUGUAUAUUUAAGCUCAAAAAGAUGAAAUCAAACUGAAAAAAACCAAGUGUUAAAAACACCUGAGACAAGUUUGUAUACUCCGUUAAUAAAUGUUGACUUUUUUUGGCCCCGCCCCUGUCCCCCCUUCGCCCGCCCCGCUCCCAGCUAGAUUGUCGUUUUGGAUGAGACCACUUCUGUCUUGUUCUUGUAUCUCUGGUUUGUCUUGACUUUUGCAUGCUUGUGUUUUAAGUAGACGUGUGUGCUCUUAUGACUGACUCCAUGGCUCACACUGCCCCCUGCAGGCAGAGUGGAGCACAGGUGGAGAGAUUAAAAGUAAAUUAGAGGAGAGAUGCUUAUUUUUCUAUACAAAAAUAUGAAAUGAGUGUUUUUGAUUGUUUUGUUUUUUUUGGUUUCAUUUUUGUGUUCUCCUGUUUUGUAAGAAAUAUUUAUGUACAGAUUCAUAAUAAAUGCUGUGACCCUGUUUUCCAGGGUUCUUUUGAAGUUUUCUAAAAAACAGAAAAAGGAAUUGAAUGCUGAUGAAAAUUACUAUUUAAAUUGGUUUUAAGCUUAAAAUAUUAACAAGGCCUUAUCUGUGUUCUUUUCUAAAAUAAAUCUUACCAAGAAGCACAAAAAGGAAGUAUGACCCUUGGAGAAAUUGGCCAAAAAGACACUAAACAGUGGAACACUUGUGGCUCCGUAAAGCAUAUUUUUACUUUGUGUACUGCAGUAUCACGGGAACCCUCUCCAGCAGCAAAGCGACUGCCGCGUUCCCGUCUUUGUUUAAUCCAGCUCCAAAUUUGGCCCACAAUGUGUAUACCAUACAUUAUGUCUUUUAACCAUUUUACAGUAGUAGCGUAGGUGUCACUUUCUAAAAUGCACAAUCCAGAACACUAUGCUAACCACACAAUCAGGAGGGGUUACGAACUCCAUCAAUAAGAAGCAGUGGACUUUUUGCACGCAUUUAGCUUUUAUUUUAUGUACACGCUACAUACAUGCUGUUGCAUUGAAAACAGAGCAGCUGGAAACUUGGAGUCAUUGCCCUCCUGAAGGAAUGAGCCCAAGGGCUGCAGCUGCGACCAUGACUCCCCACCCCACUACACACACACACACACACACACACACACACACACACACACACACACACACACACACAGUGAAGGAUCUGAAAGCUCCAUCAGUUUGACGUUACUGCACAUAUUGGGGUGCCUCUUGUUUAAAUAACUGUAAUGCUGUACUGUAAAACAGUUGUUUGUAAGUAGUUGCAGUAACCUGGUUUUUAUCCCUCUUGUAAAGUUAACUUUGUUCAUUUGAUUCA